AUGGCGUCUGUCGCAUUCCUUUUUCUUAUCAUCUCAUUUCUCUCUCUCAAAGAUCGAACUAUCGCAUUAGCCAGUUCUUCGUGUGUCUCCCAGAGCAAUAAUGUGGAAUUUACACUGUCGACAGCAUCUCAUUCUGCAUCCAAUCCAACAUCAAAGAUCUUAACGAAAGAUCAUUUAGUUUUAUUCAUUCGAUUUCUUCUACUAGGAUGGUCAAUGACUGCAUCUAUGAUUGUUGGACGAUAUGGUCAUACAGCAUCUACAUUGCUCGAUGGAAAAGUAUUAGUUACUGGUGGAUAUGGCAGUAGUGGUAAUCUGAAUAGUGCCGAACUGUAUGAUCCAUCGACAGAUGUUUGGACACAAACAGGAAAUAUGAAUGUUGCACGAUACCGCCAUACAGCAUCUACACUGCUCAAUGGAAAAGUAUUAGUUACUGGUGGAGCUGGCAGUAGUGGUUAUCUGAAUAGUGCUGAACUGUAUGAUCCAUCGACAGGUGUCUGGACACAAACAGGAAAUAUGAGCUUUGCACGAGAUCUACAUGCAGCAUCAACAUUGCUCGAUGGAAAAGUAUUAGUUACUGGUGGAUUUGGCAGUAGUGGUUAUCUGAAUAGUGCCGAACUGCAUGAUCCGUCGACAGGUGUCUGGACACAAACAGGAAAUAUGAAUGUUGCACGAGAUGUGCAUACAGCAUCUACAUUGCUCAAUGGAAAAGUAUUAGUUACUGGUGGAGCUGGCAGUAGUGGUUAUCUGAAUAGUGCCGAACUGUAUGAUCCAUCGACAGGUGUCUGGACACAAACAGGAAAUAUGAGCUUUGCACGAGAUCUACAUGCAGCAUCUACAUUGCUCGAUGGAAAAGUAUUAGUUACUGGUGGAUUUGGCAGUAGUGGUUAUCUGAAUAGUGCUGAACUGUAUGAUCCAUCGACAGGUGUUUGGACGCAAACAGGAAAUAUGAGUUUUGCACGAGAACUACAUACAGCAUCUACAUUGCUCGAUGGAAAAGUACUAGUUACUGGUGGAUAUAAUGGUACUAUUGCUUGGAAUAGUACCGAACUGUAUUGA